CUGUCAUUUGAAAAUAAUGAUGAGAUUUCUGAUAGUAUUUGUGUGUUUGUGCAGCACGAAAUACAGGCUAGCUGAACCAGGAAGUGAUAUGACGUUACUGCUCUCGAAAAGUGACCCAUCAUCCAAAUAAAAGGAUGACUGCAGAGUACAAUUUUGAUGUAGAAGUUGGAAACUGACAGCUGAGUGACCAUGGACCCUCUGUCCAGCCACAGCUCCUACCUCCUCCAGCAGCUCCAGGAGCAGAGGAUUCAGGGGCUGCUGUGUGACUGCAUGCUGGUGGUCAAAGGUGUCUGCUUCAAAGCCCACAAAAACGUCCUGGCUGCUUUCAGCUCUUAUUUCAGGUCUUUAUUCCAAAACUCCCCCAGUCAGAAGAACGAGGUGUUUAACUUGGUUAUCCAGGAUGUAGGUGGCAUCGGGCAAAUAUUGGACUACAUGUACACCUCCCAUCUUGACGUCAACCAAGAUAAUGUUCAAGCACUCCUGGACAUCGCCCAGUGUUUGCAGGUUCCAAAUGUGCAGAGCAUGUGCAAUGCUUUCCUGAAGCCUUGUCCUCCUCCAGUGGAAAUCUCAUCAUUUUCUCUACCGGGCAUGCUGAGCUCUGAGCAUGACUGCCUCCUGGGGAGCGGUCUUCCUCAUGAUGUUGAUCUACACUGUUCCUCUGAAACCCAGAGGCCUGGCUUUGGUAGUGAUAUGGACCACACUAAAAAGAUGCCUGUCUCUGUGCCUAAUAGCAGCCUAAACUGUGACACAGCUAGCAGCUCUCAGGCACCCAUCGAAAAACAGCUUGUCCAUGGUUACAAGCUCCGUAACUUCUACAGUAAACAGUACUUCAAACAAAGUGCAAUUCAAACUAAUAUGGCUGCCUCAAAUCAAGGCCCAAGCCCUUUGGUGCUGGUGGAAGAGCAGCAGUGUCAGCCAGAGGUCAGCAACACUACCAUAUGCUCAGGAAACCCCGCUCAGCCCAUCCCUCCUUCCACAUCUGUGGCAGCUGAGAAAAACAAUGUCUCCUCUCUUACACCCUCAGAUAAUUUAAUCACCCCUAACUCCAACUCAGUAGACUCCCUGCUCAACAAGCCAGUGCGCCCAAAGAAGGCGGUGUACCUGAAGAAAUACAAUUACCUCCGCUCUCAGAAAGCUUUGGAGGAGAUGUUUGCAGAAUCAGUCAGUGAACCUGUCCUCAGCUGCCCCAAAGAGAGCCAUCAAAAUGAGCCUGUGCUCCAGGCUGAAGCUCCACAAGCUCCUGUCGAAGACCAUAAUGAAGCCCAGGAGGAGGUAACAGAGACCGCAACAGAUGCACAACUUCCUAGUCUGCCUGUCAACCAAGACGAGCAAAAUGUUGAGACUGCACACGAGCCACAGCAGCAGACAGGACAAAAGCAAUAUUGUUGUGAGGUGUGUGGGAAGAUCUUCAAACACCCGAGCAAUCUGGAGCUUCACAAGCGCUCACAUACAGGGGAGAAGCCCUUUCAGUGUAAUGUUUGUGGGAGAAACUUCUCACAGGCUGGAAACCUGCAGACACAUUUGCGGCGACAUUCGGGAGAGAAACCGUACAUCUGCGAGUUAUGCGGUAAAAGCUUUACAGCAUCAGGGGAUGUCCAACGUCACAAAGUGGUCCACACAGGAGAGAAGCCACAUCUGUGUGAUAUAUGUGGUCGAGGAUUUAACAACUUGAGCAAUCUCAAGGAGCACAAGAGGACUCAUGCCACAGACAAGACAUUCACAUGUGACCAGUGUGGAAAAUCCUUCAACACGCACCGAAAGCUUCUGAAGCACAAAGCCCGCCACGCUGGGGAAAAACCACACAGCUGUGCCACCUGUGGGAAGUGUUUUAUCGGCUCAGGAGACCUGCAGCGUCACAUACGCUCACACACUGGUGAGAAGCCUUAUGUCUGUAACGCAUGUGGAAAGAGCUUCACCCGCUCUGCCAUGUUGAGGAGACACAGCACCUCACACUGUAAAGGUGCUCUGGCUGACAACUCAGGAACAGACAACUCUGACCCACCCCCAAGCUCAGAUGGAGCGGCCUCAGUCCCCGGCCCUGGCAGCCACAGUAACCCUCCUACAGCAACCAGUGCGGAGCAUUUUCCCAGCGUGUUGCCCCAUUCAGGGUUAGAGAAACCAUCCUCUUGUACUCCUUCACCAUCACAACCAGCACCUCAUCUUGAGACUCCGUCCCCCAGCAUGCAACUCAGCACAGCUCCUACUCCCACCCCGCUCCCAGAGCUUCGCUCACUGGUGCCCCACCACCUCCUCUCCUCCACGCACCAGGAGAGGACUGCAGCUCUGCCUGCUACAGACCACAUGAAGCUGGCAAAGCCCCACGUGCCUCAGGAGGUGGUGUAUGGUCCGUAUGUGGAAAACGAGAACAUGUCCGUGGAGAUGGGACGAGGAAUGGUAGGGAGGCAGUACCUACCUCCCACAGAAAAUCACUGCAGUUCACUUACUUCCUCCAGCAGGCCCAGUGGUGGAUCCUACAGGUCCAGUGAAGGCCAGUUUAUCUCCAGUGUGACUCUGUGGGGCCUGGCAAUGAAAACUUUGCAAAAUGACAACGACAUGGACCAGUAAAACAUUUCAUGUUUUUUUUCUUCAAGGGUGUGCAGCUUGUUGCUGAUUUCAAUUGUUAUUCAAUGGCUCAUGAUUUUUUAAAACAGAUAUAUCAAAGUAUAAACAUUGUAGCUCCUAAGAUGGAGCAAACAUGAAAUAAAACUACUUCCUUGUUUUUCUUAGCAUAAAGAAAUCACUAAUCCACCUGAAGUCAUGAUGGGUAAUAACGGCUGUUGCACUUUCUUGAAAUGAUAUUAAUUCUCUUGCGACAUUCCAGUCAGUGAUGUCAGCACAGGUAACUGAUAGAGAUCUCAGUAUCACAUAUCAGGGAUCGGGCCACUUUCCUAUUGUGUGGGAAUAAAUGGAAGGCUGUGGAGCUUCAAACUGA